UUCCGCGGUUGGGCUGAGCCGCCACCCCACACCCACACACCGGGGCCGGGGCCGACUCGUCGAGCGCAACCGCAUCUCCUCGCUUCGCUCCUUCUCGGCUUCUCCUCCUCCCCCCUCUCUCUCCAGUGGGGGACGAGCGGCGAGCCGGCCAUGGGCGUCCCGCCGGUCGACUGGGAGGCGGAGAGCUACCCGGCCUACUCGGACUUCGCGGCGAUCCCCUUAUUCGCCGUCUUCCUCUUCGCCGUCCGUUAUCUCCUCGACCGCUUCGUCUUCGAGUGGUUAGCCAGGAGACUGAUUUUCGAGAAGGAUGAGAAGCUUGAUCUUGCGACGCAUGCAGGGAGGAUAAAGAUAAGAAAAUUUAAAGAAUCAGCUUGGAAGUGCAUAUAUUUCCUUUCUGCGGAACUUUUGGCCCUGUCUGUUACCUACAAAGAGUCCUGGUUCACUAGCACAAAAAAUUUCUGGGUUGGACCUGGAGACCAGGUCUGGCCAGAUCAAAGAAUUAAAUUUAAACUCAAAUUGGUGUACAUGUAUGCUGCUGGUUUUUAUACAUACUCUAUAUUUGCUCUUCAAUUCUGGGAAAUAAAGCGCUCAGAUUUUGGUAUUUCAAUGGUUCAUCAUGUAGUAUCUGUUAUUCUCAUAGCAUUGUCUUACAUAUUCAGAUUUGCUCGUGUGGGUUCAAUUGUCCUUGCCAUCCAUGAUGCAAGUGACGUAUUCCUGGAAUUGGGGAAGAUUUCUAAGUACAGUGGCUACCAGUUGCUUGCUGAUGUUUCAUUUCUUAUCUUUGUCUGUUCUUGGGCAGUCCUUCGCCUGAUAUAUUAUCCAUUCUGGAUUCUCUGGAGCACAAGCUAUGAAGUUGUUCCGAUGUUGGACAAGAAGAAGCAUAAGUUUGAUGGUCCACUACACUAUUAUGUAUUCAACUGUCUUCUCUUCUCCCUCCUUGUUCUAAACAUAUAUUGGUGGGUCUUAAUGUAUCGAAUGCUCGUGGAGCAAAUACUGUCUAAAGGGCAUGUUGGGGAUGAUGUCCGAUCUGAUUCUGAAGGUGAAGAAGAACAUGAGGAUUGAUUUAUAUGUGUAGAUCCUGAAGGAGCAAAGGAUUGGUCUGUUUAACUGCUUCACCAUGACAUUAUGCUGAAAUAUUACAUUGCUGUGCUGUGUCUUCAAAUCGCAGUUCUGUUUUACUUGGCUCUUCAUAGGUACACAGUACAUUAGUGCACUUAUCUGGAUGAACAUCAUAGAUAGAUGUCACCUGGGCAUUGUUCAUUUAUGUAAACUUAUGUCAAGUCAAUUCCUUUGAGUUUCGGUCUUGCGACCAUACUCCCCAUACUGUAUAGUAUCUACGCAGUACUUAAUGGAAAAACAUGAGUUGUGCACA